GCUGGGCUCAGCGCUGGAUCCGCCUUCCCGAGCCGGAGCCUCGCAGAGAGGGGCUCCGCUGACAGCAGGAGCCUCGCUCAGACCGCUGCCCCGAGGAGGAUGAGCCGGUCACCGCCGUGAGCCUGCCUGCUGCUGCCAGGGCAUCCAGAAAUGGGGCACUGGAGGAGACCCGGUCUGCUUCCCCUACUGCUGCUCUCCUUGUCCUGCGGGGCCGGCGCCCGCCGCAGCCUCAAGACCAACCUGUGCAAGUGGUGCGACUCCACGGCCCCGGCGUGCCAGGACAAGGUGUGCUACAGCAACUGCAACCUCAACUCCUACUGCGAGCACCCCCACGAGAUCUGCGUGGCCGUAUGGAGACAGGACAACGAGAGCAUCAGGAUCAGCACGCUGUGCCACAACCCCCAGCGCCCCAUCGAGAACCUCAUGGUGCCCAACUACAACACCUCGCGCUGCAUCAUGAGCCUCCAGCCCAGCGAGGACAGCGUCAUCUACAUCUGUGGCUGCGUGGAUGAGCAGGAGUGCAACGACAAACUCAUCUUUGAAAACCACACCAAUGGCUACUCCAUGCUGCAGAGCAAAGAGGUGAUCCCAGUGGCUGCCAUCAGCCUCCUGCCCCCGCUGCUGGUGGCGGUGAUGAUCACGGUGAUAUUUUACCUCUGCCGCACGCAGAAGCGCCGCAAGAGAGCCAAGGCGUGGGGCGGGAAGCAGGGCCAGCCGCCGGUGCUGCCGGAGCAGGGGAAGGCAGGCGAGCGGGAGGAGAAGCUGUCGGUGCUGAUGGACGAGAGCCCGGGCAGCACCAGCCCCGGCGGCCGCCCCACGGAGCUGCUCCCCAUCGAGCUGGACGAGAUGGUGGGCAAGGGGCAGUUCGCCGAGGUGUGGAGGGCCAAGCUGAGCCACAGCCGCUCGGGGCAGUACGAGACUGUGGCCGUGAAGAUCUUCCCCUGCGAGGAGUACUCGUCCUGGAAGAACGAGAGCCAGAUCUUCACCGACACCAGCCUCAGGCACGACAGCGUCCUGCAGUUCCUCACGGCCGAGGACCGGGGCACGGGGCCCCGCCGCGAGUACUGGCUCAUCACCGCCUACCACAGCCGCGGCAACCUCAAGGACUACCUGUCCCACCACGUGCUGAGCUGGAUGGAGCUGCAGAAGAUGGCCGGGUCCCUGGUGAGCGGGGUGGCCCACCUGCACAGCGACUACACUGCCUGCGGGCGCCCCAAAAUCCCCAUCGCGCACCGCGACAUCAAGAGCACCAACGUGCUGGUGAAGAGCGAGCAGGAGUGCGUGCUCUGCGACUUCGGCAUCGCCAUCCGCCUCGACCCCUCCCUCACCGUGGAUGACUUUGCCAACAGCGGGCAGGUGGGCACCGCCAGGUACAUGGCCCCGGAGGUCCUGGAGUCCAGAGUGAACCUGGAAGACCUGGAGUCUUUCAAGCAGAUGGAUGUCUACUCCAUGGCCCUCGUUUUGUGGGAAAUGGCCUCCAGAUGUGAAGUGGUAGGAGAGGUGAAGAAUUAUGAGCUGCCCUUUGGGUCGAAAGUCCAGGAGCAGCCUUGUGUGGACACCAUGAGGGACAUUGUGCUGCAUGGCAGAGGCCGGCCCGAGAUCCCAAGCAGCUGGCUGGUGCACCAGGGAAUGCGCUUCCUGUGCGACACCAUCACGGAGUGCUGGGACCACGACCCCGAGGCGCGGCUCACCGCCCACUGCGUGGCUGAGCGCUUCAACCUGAUGGCACAGAUGGAUUGUGAUGACAUCCUCAACAACAACACGGACAACGAGGCCAGCAAAACAGCUGCUCCAGGUGGGGAGCUCCAGGACAGCGAGGGCAGCAGAAACACCCAGUGAUGCAGCAUGCAGAAUCCUCAGCGCGAGGAACAAGAGGAUAAGGGAGAAGCAUUUAGCUCAUGAGGGAAAAAAACCUCACUGUUUUUCGAAAUGGAACUAAGAUCUAGUACAUAAAUUAUUUAUAAGAUCUGUUUCCUCCCACAGAUAUACAAUGAACUGAGGAAUCAAUAUUUUGGUUAAAGUGAAACAUUAUUAUAUGAACUGACUUUGUACUUACUUAAAAUGUAUAAUGAUGCAAAGCAUUCCUUUUAUUAUUUUUUAAAAUAAUAAUGUUUAAUCUUUUAUUAAUAAGCAGCUGAAUUCCACGUCUCUCUUUUUUAAGUCCUUCCAUAUUGUCAUCAUGAGUUUCUUUUCUAGCUUAUUCUGCAGUGAUUAAAACAAUUUUCCCCUUUUUAAAGGCCUAAACAUACACACACAAAAUCUGUUGUAGCAGGAAAAAAAGGCAUCAUGAGAUGUACCACACCCUCUGUGGAAGAAAUGCUGACAUCCAAGAAAAUCACUCAUGCAACACUGUCCAAAGAUCCACAAUAAUCCAGUAUGUAAAAGCCUGAUGUGAUGAAACUCCAACACACCUUUCCUCACUGGGGAAUUCCUGGGUUGAUAGUUCAGGUGGGUGUAUGAAGCUUCUUUGAGAGAGAAAAUGGAAGUCACCAGUGUAGGCAUGGCUGCUUCACCCUAAAAAUUUUCCAUGCAGGACAUCUAGACAAGCCUUUCCCCCAUCAGACCAGUUUCCAGCCACCUCUGGCCAGAUCUGUGCCACAGUAACAGUGCCAACACGAGGGUGUUGGCAAUUCCUCUGGAAACUCUCACACCCCCUGCUGGGUUACCCCACCUGGGGAAACAGGAUCAGACUGAACUGAGACCUUUGUCCCCACGAUCACCACAUCAACCCAGGCUGCCUCCAUUCUGGACAGCAAUUAAGGAAAGGUAAGGCACACCUCACUCUGAACCCUGGCACUGUGCAAUCCCUGCGCCCUUGGGAGCAAAGACCUCAGGUGCCCCAAAGUCCUGCAAGCCCAUACCUGACACCUACACAGAGGUGUAUUUUUUGGGAUAGCACCCAAGAGGAAUACACUCCUUGCCACCACACAGCUGCAUGGAUCAGCCCAGAAAGAGAGGAAGGGAGCAAACCAUGCAACAGCCACAAGUUUUCUGCAGCUGAGGCUCCUCAUGUGGAGCAGGGACACAGAUCUGCAGGGCUGGUUUGGUUCUCUAAAGUGCUCAGCUAUGACAGCAUCAACCCAUAUAAAAACCUUUUCUUCUCCAGCUAUUGUUUCCAUCUCCCUGGACUGUUUUUACAGCUGCUAAAUUAAAAACCUAGAAACAAAUUGCCUCUAAACGCUUCAAAUAAGGACAAAAGGGGAAUGAAUUACGUUGCACCAAAUCUAAAUAACAAAAAAUUUGCUUAGCUACCACUUAUGCCAUCUGCAACUGUGACCACACCUGUCAUUUUCACUAAUCUUCACCUGGCUGCUACCUCCUGACACCUCAAAAUUUUUCAAGUUAACCCUUUUCUCUUCAAGCACACCCUCCCCAGUUACCCACAAAUACAUCUUUUCCAUCCCACCUGACUUCAGCCUCAUUUCUUUAAUAUAUUAACCACUGCUCUAGCACAAGAGAAACAGAGCAGGGGCAGCUUUUCUGUCAUGGAGAUGAAAAACUACAGGAGCACACCAACACACUCCCCCCCAGUCUCGCCUUCCCAUAGUAUUUUAUGCAGAAUUUCCAUACCAAGUUCU